UUUAAGUAUGAGGAUUUUCAGGGCAGCUGCGUGUAUGUCUCCGGCGCCAAAAUUCCUAAAACCCUAAACCCUGUUUUACUCUUCAGUCUUCACAUAUUACAUUAUACACCAUAUCUUGAGCUCUGCCGCUGAUAACUUAACGAUGAAAUCACUGAUCUUUCCAACAAGAACAGCCGCGAUCUUAAUUCCAAAUCUUGUUUUUAAUCCGUCUAACUCGCUUUCUUCCAUUUCUAAUUUCUUACCUGUUAGAAACCCUAAUUAUCUCCCUCAACUACGUCGUCUUAGAUUAUCCUCAGCUUAUUCUUCGCCAAUCACCGAAGAAAACGGCCAUUGCCACCAAACUGAGGGUGAAAUUCACGUAAUUGUGGGCCCUAUGUUCGCUGGAAAAACCACCACUUUGCUUCGCCGGAUUAAAUCUGAAAGCUCUAAUGGCAGAUUUCAGGAUAAGGUCUCAAAGGGCUUCCUCAACAUGGAUGAAACAUUGAAGAAUCUAUGUUUUUCAGGAAGACUAGCAGAAGCAGUUGGAUUACUAUGCCAUACAGGACACCAAGUUGACUCAGAGACUUACUCCCUUCUUUUGCAAGAUUGCAUAUUCAAAAAAGAUUAUCAGUUUGGGAAAAGAAUCCAUUCACAAAUGAUUAUAUCUGGUUUUGUUCCCAAUGAGUACCUAAACAUCAAGUUGCUUAUAUUAUAUGCAAAAUCAGGCGAUCUAGUCACUGCCCACAUUCUUUUCAAGAAAUUACUCAUCCCAAAUGUGAUUUCAUGGAACGCCAUGAUUUCAGGUUAUGUCCAAAAGGGUCUUGAAGAACAGGGCUUGAAUCUUUAUUACAAAAUGAGACAAAAUGGUUUAACACCUGACCAGUUCACUUUUUCUUCAGUUUUUAGGGCAUGUGCCACCCUGGCAACACUAGAACAGGGUAAACAAGCACAUGGGGUUAUGAUCAAGACCCAAAUAAAUGGAAAUCUUGUAGUCAAUAGUGCCCUAAUCGAUAUGUAUUUCAAGUGCAGCUGUCCAUACGAUGGACAUUUAGUAUUCAACAAGGCCUCAGAUAAAAAUAUUGUUACAUGGACUUCCUUGAUAUCUGGAUAUGGACAACAUGGAAGGGUAAAAGAGGUAUUAGAUGCUUUCCAUAGAAUGAUAAACGAAGGAUUUAGACCAAACAGUGUUACUUUUCUUGUAGUUCUUUCCGCUUGUAGCCAUGGAGGUUUGGUAAAAGAGGGCUGGGAGUAUUUUCAAUCAAUGAGAAGAAAUUACGUGAUUACCCCUGGGGAAAAGCAUUAUGCAGCAAUGGUGGACAUUUUAGGGAGAUCAGGAAGGUUAGAUGAAGCUUUUGAGUUUGUAAAAAAUGCACCAUGUAAAGACCACCCAGUGAUAUGGGGUGCACUUAUUCAAGCUUGUAAGUGGGAUAAUGUUGCUGAGAUUAGGAGUGGAUUGAAGGAAUUGGGGAUGAAAAAGGAAAAUGCAGCUGUUAUAAAGUCUAGUAAGGAUACAAGAUAUGGAUUGGAUUCAAUUGUGACACAUGAUGGGGAGAAGCUUUCAUGUUGGCCACUUGAAGCUUUAUCAUCAUUCAAAGAAAGAAUUGGUCUUGAAGCUUAUCAUAAGCUAGAGGUGAUUGGAAUUGAUGAAGCUCAGUUUUUUGAAGACUUGUAUGAUUUCUGCAUUAAAGCUGCUGACCAUGAUGGCAAAACUGUAAUUGUUGCUGGCUUGGAUGGUGAUUAUUUGCGGAGGAGCUUUGGGGUGCUAGAUAUAAUACCGAUUGCAGAUACUGUAACGAAAUUAAAGGCACGAUGUGAGGUGUGUGGGAAGCCUGCUUUUUUUACUUUAAGGAAAACAGAGGAGACAGAGAGAGAAGUAGUGGCUGGUGCUGACGUGUACAUGCCUGUUUGUAGAAACCAUUAUUUGACUGGUCAAAAGGUCAAACAGUCUGCAAGAAAUGUUCUGGAAACACAUAACCUUCAAUGUGGCUCAUUCUUAUAGUCAAUUUACUCAUUCAUUCAUGGAAUAUCUGUAAAACGUGCUUACUCUUUCCUGACAUUCAACCCUUGAAUUGUAUUGUAUAAAAACUUACUUACGUGUUUUCUAUAUUUAAUGGGAUGUUGUAUGGAAAUUACAAACCAAAAUUCAAUGGAUAUAUUUAUUAUAAGAAA